AUGGCCGGAGGCGCAACGCGGAACGCAAGAAAAUCGAGGAAGCGGAAGAAUUCGGAGGACAGUACAUCGGCUGCCCCAUCAAGGACUCUCAAGCAUAAACUCAGAAAUUCCGCUCUCUUAGCAUUACUACGGGCGUGGUCACCUUGCGUGCAUUGUGCUGGAGCAGAUUAUCUCGCCAAAUCAUCGGAAGCUCGCGAUAUUCUUUCUCCAAAACAACAGUAUUCGGUGGACGAGAAAUUGGAAAUCAUUGAGUUCGCUAAGGGCAAUGGAAAUCGCGCUGCUGGUCGGGAAUACAAUGUAGCGGAAAGUUCAAUACGAGAAUGGCGGAAGAACGAGGAAAAGCUCAGGGCUGUGAACAACUGCGAAUCGGAAAAACAGGACUCAGCGGAGGCUGUAUCGCGGCAGCGCGCGAUAGGGCAAAUUGAAAACCAUGAUAAGGAUAAGGGCGUAGCCGCAACACACAGGGUGACCAACUUCUAUUGA